AUAUGUUAAUAAAUAACCGAUCUUGCUUUUACCGGAAGAGGACAAGGUGCAGCACCGGCUUAGUAACGUUACUUUAAGUUAGUCAAAGAUAAAUGGUCGAGUGAGAUAGACUACCAGUAAGUGACCAUGGACAAAACGGAUAUUCUAAAAUUAAUGGAUGWUGGUCGGGGUCCACUUAUUGUAGAUGGUGGACUGGCAACAGAACUGGAAUCAACAGGUUGUAAAUUACAGGGAGAUCCUUUGUGGAGUGCAAGGCUGCUACAUACUAACCCACAGGCUAUUAAAGAUGCUCAUUACAGGUUUCUGUGUGCUGGUGCUGAUGUGAUAACUACAGCCACGUACCAGGCUAGUGUUGAGGGCUUCACCAGGCACCUGGACAUCACCCCUGAACAGGCCAACCAACUGAUCAUGUCAGGAGUGACUCURGCCAGAGAGACUGUCAAACAGUUUAUGGCUGACCAACCUCCAUCAGAUCGCAUGGUGCCUCUGGUGGCAGGUUCUGUUGGACCUUACGGAGCGUUUCUGCACAACGGCUCGGAGUACACUGGCGCUUACGCUGCGGCGAUGAGUGUUGAGGAACUGAAAGCCUGGCACCGCCCCCAGGUCCACUGUCUAGUUACAGCAGGGGUCGAUCUCAUUGCCAUGGAAACCAUCCCAAGCGUGAAGGAGGCAGAAGCUCUGGUGGAGCUGCUCAGAGAGUUUCCAGAUUCUAAAGCAUGGCUGGCCUUCUCCUGUAAGGAUGGCCAGUGUAUAUCUGACAGCAGUCGUUUCUCUGAGGCGGUCCAGCUGGCCAGUAGGUCCAGUCAGCUGGUGGCUGUAGGGGUGAAUUGCUGUCCUCCAGCCCUGGUCAAGCCCCUCCUAGACUCAGCCAGGACACAGAGGAGACCAGACCUCGGCUGGGUGGUGUACCCCAACAGUGGAGAGGAGUGGGAUACAUACUCUGGGUGGAAAAAACCAGCGAAUAGAAUAUCUUCAAUAGCUGAACUGAGUCUGGAGUGGAUGAAACAAGGGUGUGCACUUAUAGGAGGGUGCUGUCGCAUCAGUCCUGCUCACAUAGCGGAGCUACGAAGACAGAUACAUGGAGACAUGCCUGGGUUCGACGCUUCACAGCGGGGACAGGGAGGACCUUAAGACAGACACAUGGAGACAUGUUUGGGUCUGAUGCUUCACAGCGUGGACAGGGAAGACCUUACAGCUCUUAUUACUGCUACAGUAUGUAAUCCCACAGUCAGAUUAUGCAAUUAAUAACUAUUUUAAAAUGACACUUUUGAUAUGAGUUUAUAUAAAUGAUUUAUUAACCCUCAUACUGCCAACAUAUGUUAUAUACAGAGCAUUUGGAUAGUAUUUACAUCCCUAGACUUUUUUAACAUUACAGCUUUAUUGUAAAAUUKAUUUUUUCUAAAUUAAUGUAUGACUUUCUACACAUUUUGUUGUGUUACCACCUGAAUUUAAAAUAGAUUAAAUUGUCAUUCUUUGUUACUGUCCUACA